UGCAUCACUGCAGCUUACAGCCCUGCCACUGGUCGUGUAGGUAAAUAUGUCUGUCGCGUAGCCGCUGUUCGGGCACACGGAUAACGUUUGGACUGGCCCUACCGCUGAAAUAAUACAGACUCAAUGCAAGCCACAUCUGUAUAGUGAGACUCCGAGCGGUACGCGCAGUGCACCAUGUCAUCCAACGCUCAGGAUGAUGACUUUGAUGAGUAUGACAAACCUGGUGCUGAGCGUUUCCGCAGGAGGAGAGGUGAAGACGAUCUCCAGAGUGAUUUGGAAGAAGAGCUGUUGGAGGAUGAUUGGUUCUCAGGUAAAAAGCCCUCUGAAGCAUCAGAUGAAGAGUUGAAUGAUGACCUUUUGCAGAGUGACGAUGAUGAUGUAAAUAUGAGUGGCCAGGAUGUGAGCCUCAAUGCGACAUACAGCCUGGGCAGAUCCUACGUGCAAGACAACUCACAGGAAGCAAACUACACAGAUGCUGGUGUGAACCUGGGUGCAGAGGGCUAUGAAGAAGGUGAUGUAGAGGAGGAGGGGUACCAGCAGGAGGAGUACGCAGAGGAAUAUGGGCAUCAUGACAACACAGAGAUGCCUGAAGACCAGAUGGAUUACACAGGAGAGCUCGCUGAGGGUGAAGAUGGCUACCAGGAUGUGAUAGACAUCCAAAUCAAUGAACCAUUAGAUGGUGAAUUUCAAGAUAAUGAAGAUCAAACCUCCUAUGAUGAUGAACAUGGAGUCCAACAGGGGGUGGCCCCCGAGGAGGAAGAGGAGGAGGAUGUGCCGAUGGGGGGAGAAGAGCAGCAGGAAGAGGAAGAAGCUGCAGAGACCUCGCAGGUUUUUGAUACAGAGGUUGAAAAUGAAGCUUUGCCUGAAGAAGAAACAAAGGAGGAAUCGGAUGAAGAAGAUGAGGAGGAUGAAGAGUCCGGUCGUCUGCGGUUCAAAUCUGAGAGAAAGGAUGGCGUCGUUGUGCGCUUGGCUGAUGCAGGCAGUAACCGCAGAAACAUCCCUGAAACACUAGAACUAUCGGAGAAAGCCAAGCAAGAUCUGAGGGAGUUUGAGGAACAAGAAAGGCAGAAGAGGCAGAACCGUUAUGGUGGACGAGGGGGGAGAAUAGGCGGAGGAGGGAGAGGAGGCAGAGGAAGAGGAGGCUUCCCAGGCUUUGGAAUGGGAGAUUUUAGAGGAGGACACAGAGGAAGAAUGAAUGACAAUCGGAUCCCUUUAAUGGGAAACAUGGGGAUGCAGCAGCAAUCCUCCCGAAUGCCUCCUCCUCAUCAGCAGCACCUGCAGUCCCAGCAGCACCACCCUUCGCGUCCAAGAGGCCCUCCUCCUUUCCAGGAUCUUGGCCGCCCACUGGCCCAGCAGCCCCUUCAGCCCCUCAUUCCCCCACACAUGAGUCACCGCUCCCCAUCGUUGCGCCCCCAGAUGGAGCCACCACCAAGAAUGAUGAGCUCCCCGCCGCCCAACUUCCCCCAGCAUCACCAGCAACCUCCACAGCCUAAAAACAUCCACAUUAACCCCCAUUUCAGAGGUCCCACAUCCUCCUCUGUACAAGUGCCCUUGAUGCCUCCUGCUCAGAGCCAACCCAGACCUGCUGUGGGUCCUCAGAGGUUCCCUGGACCGGGAGACUUCCAGCAGCGCAUGCCUGAUAAUUUUGGUCAACCCCAUCGGCCGCCUCAUCACAUGGAGCCCUAUAGGAACCAGCCACCUCAAGGACCCCCGGACAGGGAGCCCCUCUUUAUGCCGGAGCGCGCAGAGUCGACACGUUUUCCAGGGCCGCACAUGUUUGAUCACCCAGGCCCCAGCCCUCUGAUCAACAGCAACAUCCACCAGCAGCAGCAGCUGCCUGGACCAGGUCACAUGGGCUUUGGACCACCAGGUCCAGCUUUUAAUCAGCCAGGCCAGGGCCCGCUAGGUCUGUUUCCAAGAGAACCCCCAAGACCCAACCACCCGCCCCACCAGGGUCACCAAGGAAUGAUCGGCAUGAAUCAACAAGAUGGCCCCCCUAACCAGGCCAGACCCUUCAUGAGCCCUCGUCAGCCGUUUGGUCAGCAGGGGAACCUUUUUUCCUCUCCACCAGUUCAGUUUGGGAUGCAGGUACGACUAAGAGGUCUGAUGCAUGGUCCCCCCGUUUCCCAGCUUCCACAUCACGAUUCACUGUCGCCCCAUCAGUCCAUGCACCACCAUCAGCAGCAUCAUAGGCAGGAGUUGCCCCAUCAUCAUCAUCAUCAUCAUCACCAUCAUCAGCAACAGCUAAAUCUCGGUGAGCCUCGCCCCAUGAUGCACCAUGGCCAGAAUCCAUUCCAUCAACAGCAGGGGCACGGUAGCCCCAGGCAGAUGACUCCCCGUCCUCAGAACCCCCAACAGCGCAUCAUGUCCAACAAACAGAGGAUGAACACACCUCUCUCCAAGCAGAUGCAACCGCGCAACAGCAACCUACGGGAGCUCCCUGUAGCACCUGGCAACACAAGUAUGAACACUGCCCACCCGCUCUCCUCCCCCGCUGCCAGGCCUGUUGCCAAGGCAACACAGGGGGUGCGUCCCGGACAGAACAUUCAGCCAGUGCCUGACCAUGGCAGAGGAAGAGGCCAAGUUGUUGCCAAGACUAAAUUGCAGCCCGGGGGAGUGGGCAGAACAGUGGUUCGCAAGGAAAUCCCUAGCACACCAUCCAGCACGGAACCACAGGAUCCUAAUGAGGAUGAGGAGACUCGGCAGUACCGUCUCAAGAUCGAGGAGCAAAAACGUCUGAGAGAGGAGAUCCUGAAGAGGAAGGAGAUGCGACGGCAGAUGCAAGCCGGCGUCAGAAAGAAGGAGCUGCUGGAUAGGCUUAAUUCCCAGGCACCCAACACUCAAAGCCAAGGCCCCACUUCGCCGAUUCAUCCUGCACCGCAAAAUCAGCAAACACCACACCCUGUGCAGCAGCAGCAGCAGCCAGAAUUUAAACAGCAGCAGCCAGAAUUUAAACAGCAGCAGCCUGAAUUUAAACAACAACAGCAGCAGUUACAGCCACAACAGCAAAGACCGUUUCCCCAGAGACCCCAACAGUCCUUAAACCAGCCAUUAAAGAAUCCCAAUCAAGAGACCCCCAUCCCUCCUAAUGGUGCUGCUCAGACUGUUACGCCACGUCCCAAUGUCAAAGCACGUCUGCAGAUGGUGAAAGGUGGGGCUCCACUUUCACAAAUACCAGGGCCAGGUCCACAACCAAAUCAGCUGCAGCAGCAGCAACAACAAAGGACAAGUGCUGUGCAGAACAUAAACAGGCCCAUCACUCAGGUCCAAAAGAACAUACCUGUAAUUCCUUUAGCGGGCCCUGGCCAAGCUCAGGUUCAAAGUCAAGAACCUAAACCUGGAGCAAAAAGAACUGUGAUGCAGCGAGCCAAAAAUUCUGGUAUCGACAGUCAGCCGGUGCCGCAAAAAGUCAGAGUCUUCAAACUUUCAGGAGAGACUGGGAAGGGACCUGUGGCCAGUGGUGUCCCAGUCCAGCAACAAGACACCUGUGCUGCAGCUGCUGUAAAUCAGGGUAUCCAAAGGAAGGUUACCAUGGCAGGACAGCCGCUACAGGGACCGGGUGGAACACCGCAGGAUUGCCAAGGGGGCAUGGGCAACCCACAGCAAAACAGGGUUGUCGUGUCGGGCCGGGGCCGAGGUAGAGGGGGUGGUCAGAUGGGUCGUGGUCGUCCAGUGUCCACCAGACAGAGCCCAAGACUUGCAGAGAGCCAACGUUGCACUGUGUCCAUAGAGGGACUCUCGUCAUCCACAACUGAAGCUCAGCUGAGGAACCUUCUCCGAUCCAUCGGCCCCAUACAGAUGUUUAAUAUGAUGCCCCAGCAGAGGAAAGCAGUUGCCACGUUUUCCAGUCCAGAGCAUGCAGCAAAUUUUCAAAUGAGCUUCCACAGGCACAUGAUUGAUUUGUCCCACAUUGAUGUGUCGCUGAUUGAUGGAUGAGGAGCACAACAGGUCCCGUUUCAAGACAUCACUUUCCCCACCCGACGUGGGCUCUUCUCGUGCACGGCUCCUAUACUCGGCAUAGGAAUAUUUCCUCUGGCCUUUGGGUGUCACUCCCAAUCAACGUCUCUGCACAGGAGCAUCAUUCAUCAUUUUUUAUCUUAUCAACGUGGAACAAUGAACACAACAACUUUCACUCUGAGCUUACCUGUGUACAGCUUUGUCUACUAUCUGUCCAUUAUUGUAAAGGGGGACUGGAGAGACACUGGACAGUUGAUCCUACACUGAUGUAGUUUGUGAAGAUCCUUCAUUGUGCAACUUAAACGGACACUAAGUAGAAUACAUCAUGUGAUAAUGGUUGCUCCCCUCUUCUGUCAGAUUCAUAGGAACAAAAAUGCUAAAGUACACAAAAACUUAAUUAUUCUAAUGUGAGAAAUGCUGACUAUUUUGAUUAUUUUUUACUCAUAACUCCGCGGUUGGUUUACAUGCUGGAAAUGGUUGUAGUAAUAGCCUGUAGAUGGCAGUAUUUCAUUACUUUUGGAGCUAGACGUUUUCCUACCCAAGCCCCAAAGCUUUCAGGUACAGAAGAGUCUUGGAGCAGUUUUUGGGUGAAUUGCACCACUUAGUGGAGAGCUUGUAUACUGGCACAUUAUGUGGAUGAUUGAACAGAGGACACAUAGUAACAGUGGCUAAAAUUAAAUUAGCACUGGAUGUGAAGAUGUGUUUCCAGUUAGUUUUGGGAAUUGUGAACGUGUAGAGCGUUAACUUCCUGUGCUGGUUCUCAGAAGACAAAUGGUUCACAUGAAUGAUAAGCUGGUUAAAGGAAGCAAACUCGGGAAAUUUGCUCUUCAGUGAGAACGUUGUAUGGUCUUUUAACUGUUAUUAUUGGACUGUGUUUUGGAAAAUGCCUUUUGGGUUUUAGUUGUGUGGCUAAUUAUUAAGCUAGUUUGAGCGUUCUGAUUUGUGCCGAGUGUGGUUGGACCGUGUGUUUGUGCGUUUGAGGAUUUUUAUGAUUACGUUAUUAAAGAAUUAUUUUUGGAAUUUAAUAUUUGGCCUAUUUGGUUCAAGAAUUUUGUCACCAUUUUGAAUAUGCUUGUCAUUAUUUGAGCCAGGAUAUCGUUUGGCUGACUGUCGGUUAAUAAUUUGACGCCUUUAUCCGUCUUUAUAACUUAAAAUUUAGUUGGAACAGGGAUUUGGACAAAAAUGCCUUCACGCUAAUCUACAAAUGGAGUUAUUUUGCAGUAAACCAGAAAAGUAAUAGAAACUACCCAACACGAUAAAUACCCCUUAUCAUAACAUGUGUUUAUUGUAGAUUCUGGCCUCUGAAGAACACUAAGGAUUAUUUUAAUCCUACUCUUCAAAUUUCUUUUCACAGUUUCAACUCUUGAAUUCUCUGCCAUUUUAGAUAAUUAAGAUAUAGCAAAUUUGGCUCAUUUGCUUUUCCCAUAAUUCUAUUUUUUUUCCUUCAUCUUCAAAGACGUUUUUUUAAACAGUCAUAUUAUUCUUCAUCCUUGUUUACUGGUAACGGAGUGAAAUGUGUACUUGAAGGGAUGCGAUGCAGCAGGAAGGUGUGGGGGCAACUAUUAUCCACAUAGUGACCAUGUACAUACAUAGACCAGAAGCUGAACUCAACAUUAUCCUGUUUUUUUCCUCCCCCUCUCUUCCUCUUUUCUUUUUUUUUUUAGUUACUCUACACUCAUAUUGUAUCAAUUAAAUGUUUUAUAUGUAAGUAAAUGCUCACGUGUCCAGGCAUACGUCAAGUUUUUACAAGUGUUUUUGUUUCGAAUUUGGAGCCAAAGUGACUGGACCACAUUUCUGUUUAAGACGUUUGACAACACGUUGAAGGCAAAAACAAGUAAAUAAAAACAUGGCCACAUAUACCGUGAAUAUGCAGGUAUGUUUAGCUGGUCAAACUUUAGCCCAAAGAUGUGUGGUUUUGUGUCAUGUCCAUGUGUCUGGUGCCUUUUACAAUCAAGUACUCUUUUUUUAUUUGUGCCACAUGUUUUAUCAUUUAUAAAAAAAAUACAGGGGGUAUAAUCUAUAGCCUCCUGGGUACUUUUAAAAACAAUUACCAAUUAAGAAUCAGUGCACAACUCUUAUUAUUCAUUGAAAGACUUGAGAGAAUUUGGCUAAAGAAAUGCUACCUCAUAAAGAUUAAGGGGAGUGCCACUGAAUUCUGUUUGAUCAUUAUAAAGGAGACAUUUUCUUCUGUAAAUUUGACCUUGGUGUCACACAAAUGUGCAGCCCCCUCCCCCCCGACAUGGGAAAGAUGUAGGAAUCGGCUUGGUGCUAACUAACACGCUCCCAUAUACUGUAAUUGGCUGGUUAACAUGUUCAAAUCCAUAUUUCUUUUUUAAUAGAAGUAUCAAAACCCUGACCCUAAGGCUGUGCAUCUGGGUGACAUCACAGAUAAGCUUCUCUGUACUGAAUAUGUUCAAAGUACUCGUUCAUCAGUGGUUCACGAGCACUUGCAUUGUUGUUUUUAGUGGCAUUCCCCUUUUAAUUUAAGACAUUACUUGAACUAGUUAAUCUAUUUAGGUUGAAAACAAGUUGCACGCAGUGAUUCUUACCAGUGAACAUCACUGGACUCGCCGAAUGAUUUGAAGUAACUUCCUUUUUUAACUCCUUUUGUGAAAUUUUAAGGUUGUGUGUUUUGUAUGUUGUACACUUGUUCUGAUUUCUUCAUGUUUUUAAUCUUUUUUUAAUUUAUUAUGUUGAGCUGCACUUUUUUUGUUCUCUUUUCCAAUGUGUAUGUUCAUGUUGUGGAUUAACGUUGAACUUCAAUGUUGUGGUAAAUCCUAUGGAUUUGAUAAGGUAAUGGCAAUGCCACUCAUAGUGAUCCUAUUAUUAUUAUAAGACAUCUGGUCUUGUAGCGCGAGAACAGAUUCAUAUUGGAUCUAUUUAGUUCCUUUAUAUUUAAGGUUUUAGGUAUGAUUAUCUUUUCCUCAGUAGUUUUUCCUGGAGGAAAAUGGUGCUCACCUUUACACCUAUAACUAUUACACCAAAAAUAGUCUAUUUAAUGAGCAGUGUUUCAUUGUUCCAGAAGGGUAAUGAGACACUUAAUCCACAAAGUCUCAUCAGCCUAAUGGGUACAAAGCUUUCUGGUGCUGCAUAAGAGAUGCUGUAUUUGUUAUUGCUUCUUGAUGACUGGGGUCAAAUGUGCAACACAAGCUGGCUCAAUACUGAUUUCAAACUUUUUCCCCCCCCCCAACAGGUCCAGUGAUUAAGGUCGCUGGGAUUUUGCAGACUUGGACGAUUCAAUAACUACUUCAUUUUUUUUCCUUUUCUCCAGGUCACAUCCAGAGCAGCAGUCAUCAGUCGGAGUAGUUGCAAAAUACACAGCCUGUACCAAGGGUUUGACAUGUUUAUAGCAAAUCAACAAAGCAAAGGUUAUAAGUUGGCCAGUUUAACUGGUAAAUGAUAAAAGCAGAUUUGUUUCAGUCCAGCAGACUGCAAACCGUCUAAUACCAGGUUUUAUUUUAUUUGUAUUCAUUUGAUUUAAUGUAGGAUUAUGAAUCUAGUUGGAGUGUUUUGUUGUUGUGCUAAAAACUAGCUCAUUGUUCAUGUAUCACUCAUGUAAUCACUUACGGCAGGUCAUUUGACAUUUGUGUUCUGCUGGUAUUUAAACAUGUUUUAUCUGAUGUGUGUUUUAUUCCUCAGAGUUCUCAACAGUUAAAGUUACAAUAAUCAGUUUUUGCCUGUUUGUCUCGUUGCAUAUUGUAAACAAUACGUCAGAUAUUAUAGUUUUUUUACCAGCAAAAUGUGACAUUGUGUUGUCAAAUGACCUACAAAAUUGUCAUUUUGUAGUGUUACUACAGUCCAAGUAUUGAUUACAUGAGUGUUAUAAAUGGAUCAGGCUGGAUCAUGUGAAACCUCUGGUAUGGUCCAACACGUCUGAGGUUGUAGCAGCACAGGUGUUUCGUUUGAAUAAUGGUUUAUUUCAUCUUCAAAAAAAACAACCUCUUAGAUUAACAUGUUAAUUUUCAGCAGUGUACUGGUGGGAAGAGCCAUUUACUGUCUUUAUCUGUGCCUCUGCGGCGUCACUCUUCCUACUUUAACUCACUUCACUCUGUGGAUGUUUGUUUUUCACAGCAGCGCAGUUCGCAGCCUUUGGAUGAAGACUUUAAUUGAGCUUUCUUCCCCUCACUAAAUAGAUGUUAGAGUUUUGGAGCCAUCUGCUUUUCUCGUCCUCACCACCUCUUGCAACUUCCUUUUACAGUUCUUCAUCUUUUCCCUGAUGCAACUUUUGUUGUUGAACGAACUUAAGACUUCUGUAUCAAGCAGGUUGGCCUGCCUGGAUUACCAUUGUUUGUUAGCCCAGUGGCUGAAGGUUUCCACCUCUGUGACGACAUCUGGGUUUCACAGAGCAGACACUUAAACUCUUAAGCCACUUUAUGGCUUUCACUGCACCAAAGGUCAUCCCGGCCUCUAGAUUUUCAUUGUUUGGUUGGAUGCUGAAAAAGACACUUCACUGGUUUCCCCCCAUCUUGAACACUAGGGUGCACCAAAAAUGACUGAAAGAUCCAAACCUGUUCGACCUUUGACUGUAAAACUUUGACAAAGCACCAUGUUGUGUUUUUUUUCAAAACUGUCGCACUGUAUCGUGAAGUAAUCAUGUUUUUGUCUUGGAACACUUACUGAAAUUACUGAAAGUAUUUCUGAUAAUGUUGACUGUGUUUUUGAAACAAGGCAAAGUGAAUUUGAAAGAAACUCAGUUUGAGUGGAAUUUGUUAAAUUUCAUACCAGAAAGAAAAGGAAAAAUAAACUUUUUAAUGAACACA